UGGAUGUUUUCAAGGUUGUUAUGAUAGUCAUCUCUUCGGUGCAUAAUGCAAAACAGUUAGGGAUAAUUCCUAUAGAACCUAAGUGUAUCGAUUCUUAUCUUUCUUCUGAGAAUUUGCGAUGUUGUACCUCGUAUAGAACAAUUGGAGGAAAAUGUUACCCAUGCAUAGGGUCAUUUGGAUUGGAAUGCAGCAAACCGUGUCCUAAAGGAUAUUAUGGCCUUAAAUGUCAAGAAAAAUGUGAGUGUGACAGGUGCAAUGCUACAACAGGAAACUGUUUUCAUGAGAAAAAUUCAUCAAGUAAUGUAAGAGGUACAAGUAUAGAGCAGAAUUUAUUACUCAGUAAAAGAUAUUAAUAAAAUGACACCGUGACGCACAUAGGGGUAAAUUGACAAACGUUGAACUUUUAAAUGGCCCUAGUAAAUUUUGUUCGAUUUCUAAAAGUAUCAGGUUUCAGAAAAUUACAGGUUUCAGAACCUAAAAGGUCUAUAUUUACGGAGAAAAAUAAAAGUAAAAAUAAUUUCAGUAUGCCCUUCAACGAAAAUAUUGCAUUACUUCUUCCUCCCUAUUGUACGCGUGCGCAAAAAAAAUGAAUAAGUUACUAUAAUAACCAUGGUCUCAAGAACCCAGGAAUGAAUGAAUGUAGACCAACAAUUUUGAUGCAAUCUUUUCAAAAAGUUGUUCGAACCUACUUCUCAUCCUUGCAUGCUCCAAUUGAAUGUUGUUUACAAGUUUUAGCUAAAAAUAAAAGUGGCGUGACCUUGACAUACACGAAAACAACGAAAGGUAGAUGAAAAC